UCAAAAUUGCUGUCUGUUUGAACAGCGCCAUUUUCAAGUUGUGGAAACAAUGUCGGAGAAUACAGAAUCGGAGUGUAAAACAAAGCCCGACGUACCCUUAGAUGAUGACACAAAAGACAGUUGUAAGGUUGUUCUUGUUGGCAAAGAUACUCAAAGCAAUGAAAAAUUGAAAACAACACUUCAGGAAUUGAAAAUUACGUUUGUAAACUCUGAAGAUGGACUGGAUUGUGUUCAGGAUGCAUCAGAAUGGGAUACAGCAUUUGUCCUGGAAAACUUUGAAGGCCACGUAUUUCAUAAAUUGCAUAAAGCAGAGACCUGGAUAGUAGGCCCACCUAUCAUAUUUCAGUGUGCUAUUGAUAAAAAACCAAUACCACAGCACACACGACCAUUAUUUUGUACAGCUAUGCAGGGUGUUAUUGUUUGCUUUACUGGUUUUAGUAAGAGAGAAGAAGUGAGUCCCUUAGCUGACCUUAUUCAUCAUAUGGGUGGAAGUGUAAGAAAAGAUAUAUCACCAAAAGUAACGCAUCUAGUAGCUAAUUGUAUAGAUGGUUUCAAAUAUAGGUUUGCUGUUGGUUAUGGUACUCCAAUAAUGGAUGCUAAGUGGAUUUAUAGAGUGUGGGAAGAAAGAAACACAUUGGGUGUAAAAGCUACAGAUGAGAAAAUGAUGCAGCAUAGAAUGCCACCAUUUUAUAAGUGUUGUUUGUGUUUUUAUGGCUUUUCUGAUGAAGAAAAAAAACACAUGGAAGAAUUAACUAUAGAAAAUGGUGGGACAUUUGCAGCAGUUGGAGAUGAUGAAUGUUCGCAUUUGGUUUAUGAUGAUCAACAGGUCAAAGAUAUCCCUGUCAGUUUAUUAGAUAACACCAAUUUUUAUAUUGUUAGAGGGGAGUGGUUUUGGGGCAGCAUUCAGAUGGAAGCAUGUGCUGAUGAGACAUUGUAUGAAUAUCAUCAGAAAAUAGAUUUCAAUGGUGUGAAUGGAAAUAUAUUCUUGCCUGGCAGAAAUAUGUCUGGAUCCAAAUCUCGUAAGAGAAAGAGACUGAAAGAGAAUAUUGCUCAAUUGGCAGCUGAUGGAGAGUAUGACUCCCCAUUUAAGAGAAGAUCAACUGAUAGAGUUUCAAUGAGUCCAAAUUCCUUCUUGGAUGCUUCAAAUACACCAGACAAAUCGGAUGUCUUUUCAGAAUCCAUAGAAAGUUACAAGGAAAAACUUCCCAAGAUGUCCCCAAGACUUCAUGUUGUUACAGAAUUGUUACAGACAGAGAAAAACUAUGUAGGAAUUCUACACACAGUUAUAAACACAUUCAAAACAGAAAUUGAAAAAUCUAAUCAAUAUAAUGGUGCAAUAUUAGGAGCACAAGAGGUCAAGUUGAUUUUUGGCAACAUUCCUCCAAUAUAUGAAGUUCAUUGCAAGAUUCGAGACAGGUUAUCACAGAUAGUUGACAAUUGGAAUGAAGAAGUUUCUGUUGGUGAUAUUUUUAUUGAGCACGCAGAAGCUUUAACGAAAGCUUAUCCUCCAUUUGUGAACUUUUUUGAACAAACCAAAGAAACAAUAGCAAAAUCAGAUAAAACCAACCCUAGAUUCCAUGCUUUUCUCAAGGUGUGUUUAUCUAAGCCUGAAUGUGGUAGACAGAGUUUAACAGAAUUAUUAAUUAGACCAGUACAAAGGUUACCAAGUGUAUCGUUGUUAUUAAAUGAUAUUUUAAAGCAUACAACAAAAGAUAAUCCAGAUUAUACAAAAGUAGAAAAGGCACUUCAAGUAGCAAAAGAAAUAAUGACGCAUAUAAAUGAAGACAAGAGGAAAACAGAAAACCAGGUUGUGAUGUUUGAUAUAAUGAAUGAUAUAGAUAAUUGUCCUGCUACACUACUGUCAUCACACAGAAAGUUUGUAUCAAAGAUAGAUGUGAUAGAAUUAUCAGAUGAGUUAUGUGGAAAAGGUCUACCUAUGUCUUUAUUCCUGUUUACUGACAGUGUAGAGAUGUGCAAACGGCGGUCGAAAUAUACCACUAGCAUGAAAAGUCCAGCAACUCACAAAACACCUCAGAAGCCCUUCAAACAUUUAGUGAUGAUACCAUUACCAACGAUAAAACGGGUGUUAGAUUGUAACGAAACUGAAGAUUGUCGGAAUGCUUUUGGACUGAUCUGUAAAAGUACUUUAGAUACCAAGGGAACAAGUAGUAAAUUAUAUAGUUUUAUGGUCGACAGUGAAGAAACAACAAAGAAAGAAUUUGUUACCAGUGUUGGGAAGAGUAUUGUCAAUUUGAACUGUGUAGCAGACUAUGAUAGUCUUGUUAUUUCUGUUGAGGGUAAAGACUUACAGAUAAGUACCAGUGAAGUAGAAAGAAAAACACAUACACUGAGCAGAGCAGCUAGGUUAGGGAAGAGGGUUAGCAGAGCAUUCUCAUUCAACAAGACGCCCAAGCUGAAGAGAGCUGUGUCUAGUAUUUCUCAUGUAUUUAGUCCAGGAGGUGUACCACCCUCACCCGGUGGAGACCUAAGGGGGAAAAGAUUAGCCAGUUGUAUAGAUCUUACAGAAGUGUCGCCCACCUUAUCAACAUUAUCCAGUUACCCCAGCACAAUGACUCUUUAUGAAGAUCCAGACUCUGUUAGCUUAGAUUGUUACUCUCUGAAAGAUUCUAAUGAUUAACAUAUAUAUCAAAUAUUCCUUACCAUGUGAUAUUUUUAUACUAAUAUUUAUGCUUCUUGUACCUUCUGGAUAUAGGGCAGGUAGUCAUUAUAUCUUUUAUCUAAUCUAUCAGACAUAUAUACUUCAUUUACUUGAAAUGCAACAUAUUUGAAUUGAAAGAGUCCCAAAAUAAGACAGACAUUAUUCUGUGAUUGCUUUCAAUUGGACCAACAUAAUAUGAUUUGUCAUUUCACAAAUAUGUCAACACAAAUCUGCCGUUUACUUGGCAAACUGGGCAGAAUUACUUCAUAUUAAGUAAAGUUAAGCAACUUCAUUUAUUUAAAGGGUUUCCAAUAUAUGUUGAAGUUUGUCAAUUUAAAAUAUAUAGUUUACAUUGAAAUUGAACAAAAGUUCACAGAAUGACAUCAUAACACACAUUGUUGUAUAUCUCAUAUUCUGUUUCUGAAUCAGAUUGUUAUGGGAAGUUUUCAUAGAAGAAAAAAAGAAAAUUAAGUGUCAUUCUACAUGUAUUACACAUUAGUUGGUCAUAAAUUAAUAAUACAUGUAUGACUGAAAUAAACAAAACAAUAUAUAUAUUAAGUGCUGGAUUCACUGAAACAUUCAGUGAAGAUUAUUACACAUAUUCUAUCUAUUUCCAACUCUUUUCUUUUGUUUCUAAAGCUUUAUUCUCUACUCUUUUGAUUUAUAAUGUUUAAUUUAAAUGGUGCUAUGUCAAGAAAUGUUUUACCUGAGUUACUACUGUGAAUUCAUUAUUUAAAUAUUCAUUGGAUACUAAUUUUUGUGGAUUUGAGUGGCCAUAGUUGAACCUUUAAUUUAAUUGAUGAAUUAAGUUCAAAUUUCUAUAGGCUUGUAUGCAGAUUUAUGUUAAACCAUGAAAUAAGAUAUCCACAAAAAUGCAAUUUGUCCAUAAUCCACAAAAUUUGUUACCUAAAAAAAUAAAUGAAUCCACAGUAACUUUUUAUUACGAACUUACUAGCAACUUACAAACAAAUGUGCCAUACAUUGCUAGAAAAUGGAUUUUCUUAAAAAUGUUUUAAUAUUAAUCUUAUUAUUCAAAGCCACCUUAUGAAUAGUAAUAAAAAAAAAAGGUAAAUAAAAUGUAACCCUUCAGUUAUGUUAUCCUAAGGAUUGAAGUGUAAGUGAUUCAGUGUUAUUUGUAAACAUCUGUAGCUCCCCUUUAUCCAGCCAGAAUCAAUGAAUAUAAACAGAAUUGACUGUAUAAUUAUCUUCAAGAACAACUAUAAAUGUCAUUUAUGUCUAAAGACUACCAAUUUAAACUUUUAAGAAUGACAAUCUAAUUGUUUUUAAAUUAUGAAAAAAAAUGUUUUCUGUUAUUUAAAACCUUUCAGUAUUAAAUUUUUCACAUGUAGUUAAAAGUUGGAUCAUUAAAUAUGUUUUAAUUAAACAGCAGGUUUCAUAAUUCGCUAGAGUAAAACCAUCAAUAUUUCCAAAUCCAUGUAAGAGUUAUUAUCCCUUUAUGUUAGUUGAGUGUUUUGAGUAAGCAAUUCCAAAUGAAAACAUGAUCUAUGUUUCUCUACAUACAUGUAUGGGAAACAUUUGCUUUUUCACAUGUGAAGUUUUGUUCAGAUAGAUAAAACAACUCAUAAUUGCUGUCCCUUUUAACUUGCAUAGGAAAAAGAGGAGUCAAAAAAACAAAUUUUUGUGUCACAAAUAACUUUUUAAUCCAACAGUUCAUUUUUUUCGAUCUGAGAUAUGCUAUACAUCAAACACAAGAUACUUCUUAGGUUAUAACCAGAUCUUAGUUACUGUGAUAUGAUUUAGAAGAUAUAAGUUGUUCUUUGUCAUGUUUUAUUCUCAUGCGAAUCUGUUCCUCAAUUGAUAUUAUUUAUACAUAUCCAUUUUUUAAAUUUAAUAUGUAAGAUAUUGUAAAUAAGCAUUUUAGGUAAAACACUGUAAUUGAUAAUAAGGUUGUUUAAUGUAAGUUUUAUUCAAAGUAAACAAUUUCACCUUCAUAUUUUUUUCUUUUUUAAUAUGGUAGGUAUUUGAAAAAGGUAAAUGUUUGCUUUGUAAUUUGAAUUAAAUGUAAUUUAAAAUAAGUCAGUUUUAAAUAAUGAAAAUAUGCAAUUCACUUUUUACAUGAAUAAUAAAAUGUCAAAUUUCAAUUGGAUUUUCAUUUAAAUAUUAUUAUUAUAUGAUUUGUACAAGGAAAGUAAUACACUGUCUUGUUUUUAAUUCAAUGUUUAUAUUAUUCAUGUAAAACAAGUAAUUUGAAGUAGAAAAAAUGGAUUGCAAAAGCUGAUAAGUCAUUUUGUACGGUGAACAUUUGCUUGCAUGAAAAUACCAAACAAAAAAAUCAGUGUGUAAAUUUUAUAUCAUUUUAUAAUCGUGUAUGUAUUAAAUAUUCGGUUGUGAACCAGAGAAAUUAGUGCUUAGAAAGUAAACAAAUUUAAAAAUAGA